AAAAAAACAUUAAUCAAGCGAUUGAAAAUGUCAAUCCACCAUCCCUCUUGUAUCCCUCGAUCUCUCCAUCCAUCCAUCUGUUCAUCCCCAUUUCAGCUUUCGCCGUUGGCAGUGACCCAGAUCGGAUUCCGGCGAAAUCGGGCUGUGCUCCGUUGACCCAGUGACAGACUUUGAGGACACCCAGAUUGGAUUGGGAAUUUCACUGUGUCCUUGCAGUGGGAAUGCUGGUUUUGAGGUGCUGUCGUCCUGCAGAAACAGAGCCCUUGUAAUCUGCUAAGAAGAUGAUGGGGAGAAGAGAUUGAAAUCCGGUUCUUGGAGCAAGAUUCAUGGGGAAUUGUUUCAGUUGUGAAGAUGAAGAACAGCCCAAGCAUGUUGCUCUUAAGAAUCAGCAAGGUGUUCACUCUGUUAAUGGAGCAAACUCUCCAUCUCAAGAAAAGCCAGGUACAGUAGCAUCAAUGGGGAUUCAAAGUCCGGCCAUCAUCUCACUGACGCCCAAAGAUGUGAGAGACCUCCGCAGAAAUCCUGGGUACAGUAACGUUGAUAUCUUUACAUAUGAAGAGAUGAGGCUGGCCACAAAGCACUUUCGUCCGGAUCAAGUGCUUGGAGAGGGUGGGUUUGGGAUAGUGUAUAAAGGGGUUAUAGAUGAGAAUGUCAGACCAGGCUACAAGACCACUCGAGUUGCCAUCAAGGAGCUUGAUCCCGAAGGGAUCCAGGGUGAAAGAGAAUGGCUGGCUGAAGUUAACUAUUUGGGCCAGCUUCGACACCAGAAUCUAGUAAAGCUCAUUGGAUACUGCUGCGAGGAUGAUCACAGACUGUUGGUAUAUGAAUACAUGGCAUGCGGGAGUCUGGAAAAACACCUUUUUCGCAGAGUGUCUGCUACAUUAACCUGGCCAAAAAGAAUGAAGAUAGCUCUGGAUGCUGCGAAAGGGCUUGCCUUUCUUCACAGUGCGGAAAGGUCUAUCAUUUAUCGGGAUUUCAAGACAUCGAACAUCUUGCUAGACGCGGAUUUUAAUGCAAAGCUUUCGGACUUUGGGCUCGCGAAGGACGGGCCUAUGGGAGACCAAACCCACGUCUCGACACGAGUCAUGGGCACCUACGGAUAUGCAGCACCAGAGUAUGUAAUGACUGGGCAUUUAACAGCUCGAAGUGAUGUAUAUGGUUUCGGGGUAGUGUUACUUGAGAUGCUCAUCGGUAGGAAGGCAAUGGACAAGAGCAGGCCUAGCCGGGAACAUAACUUGGUGGAGUGGGCUCGCCCUCUCUUGAACCAUAGUAAGAAGCUUCUGAGGAUUUUGGACCCCCGAAUGGAAGGGCAGUACUCUACCAAAACUGCCAUAAAGGUGGCCAACUUAGCAUACCAGUGCCUCAGCCAAAACCCGAAAGGACGGCCUGUAAUGAGCCAGGUAGUUGAAAUACUCGAGACCCUUCAGGCGCAAGGAGGAGGCCAAGGAGAGGCAAUGCUAGAGAGUGGGUCAGGCGGUGUAACCCUGUAUGAAGUCUCCAAGGCUAGACUCGACGAUUCGGGGCAGAAGAAAUACCCAGGCAGAAGCGAAAGUGAGAGGGAACCUAAGUUGGCUCGAAGAAGCAAACCGGCGAAUGGAAGGAGCAAGAGUGAGCCUCCCCAAGACGCUGAUCUUUACGGUCCCCCACCAGACGUAGAGCUAGGUGAAGAAUCUGGUGCGACUAGAAGUUGAACAUGGAAAGCUAGCUUGAUCUUUGGUUGAAUUUGUUGAAAUAUCCACCAUCCUCUGGUUAUUUUUUCGUUUUUUAAACCCUCUUCUAAGAGUGACAUUAGAUGCUCAGGCAACUGUAAUAUCUUUGCCUUUAAGCCUGCUUAUGAGUUUGGGCUUGUUUUUGAGGAAUUUGAGUGCAGAGCCUAGCUUCAUGGUA